AUGGUGGGUACGAUGGACCCAAGCCCAAGUUCGUUGAAUGAUUUGCUCCAAGAACUUAUGAAAAUUUCCGAGCAAACACUUGAGGACAACGACAAUGUGAAAAAGCACGCUCUGCAAUGUCAUCCAAUGCGACAAGCACUCUUCGACGUUCUGUGCGAAGUGAAAGAAAAAACAGCUCUCCAAAUUCGUGCUGGCACUGAUGACCAACCAGAAGAUCCACAGCUUAUGCGAUUAGAUAAUAUGCUGGUGGCAGAAGGUGUUGCUGGUCCCGACAAAGGAGCACCGCUGUCGGGUGACGCUUCCGGUGGCGAUCAAGCGGAUUAUCGCCAAAAACUUGGCCAGAUUAGACUUGUUUAUAACCAAGAGCUCCAAAAAUACGAGGAGGCUUGCUCAGAAUUUACACAACACGUGAUGUCCCUGCUAAAGGAUCAGUCACGAGUUCGACCCAUCAGUCAGAAGGAAAUUGAAAGGAUGGUCUCGAUUAUUCAAAAGAAGUUCAGUGGUAUUCAAGUGCAACUCAAACAAUCUACGUGCGAGGCUGUUAUGAUCCUUAGGAGUCGUUUCCUUGAUGCUCGACGUAAGCGUCGUAAUUUUUCGAAACAAGCGACUGAAGUUUUGAAUGAGUACUUUUAUUCGCAUCUGAGCAACCCGUACCCGUCUGAGGAGGCUAAAGAAGAACUUGCACGGCAGUGUAACAUUACAGUGUCACAAGUAUCGAACUGGUUUGGCAAUAAACGUAUUCGUUACAAGAAGAACAUCGCCAAAGCACAGGAGGAAGCAAAUAUGUACGCAGCAAAAAAAGCUGCUGCACAUGGACUUGGAGUUCCUGGACUUCCAGCGGCGAACUACGGUAUGCUAGCGGGUUCAUCAUCAAUGCUUAAUCCUUACCAAGGAAUGCUACCUGGUCAAGAUCUUAGCCACAUGGGAAUGCCACCAGGAUUCGACCUAUCCGCUUAUAAUCCCCAACUGAUGGCCCAAUACCAAGCAAAUUUAGACAGUGACAAGUAA